CGGCUGGGGCCCGGCCCGGGAUUAGUUGGUUUCGGAGCAGAGGAGGGAACCCCGACCGUCGCGAGCGUCGAAGAGACAAAGCCGCGUCAGGGGGCCCGGCCGGGGCGGGUGGGCCCGGGGCUUGUUGGUGCCCCAGCCCGCGCGGAGGGCCCUUCGGACCCGCGCGCCGCCGCCGCCGCGUCGCAACAGGUCCGGGCGGCCUGGCUCUCCGCUCCCCUCCCCCGCAUCCGCGACCCCCGGGGCGCCUCCGCUCGGCCGGGGCCGCAGUCUGGCCACCCGCUUCCAUGCGGUUCGGGUCCAAGAUGAUGCCGAUGUUUCUCACCGUGUAUCUCAGUAACAAUGAGCAGCACUUCACAGAAGUUCCAGUUACUCCAGAAACAAUAUGCAGAGACGUGGUGGAUCUGUGCAAAGAACCCGGCGAGAGUGAUUGUCAUUUGGCUGAAGUGUGGUGUGGCUCUGAACGUCCAGUUGCGGAUAAUGAGCGAAUGUUUGAUGUUCUUCAACGAUUUGGAAGUCAGAGGAACGAAGUUCGCUUCUUCCUUCGUCAUGAACGCCCCCCUGGCAGGGACAUUGUGAGUGGACCAAGAUCUCAGGAUCCAAGUUUAAAAAGAAAUGGUGUAAAAGUUCCUGGUGAAUAUCGAAGAAAGGAGAACGGUGUUAAUAGUCCUAGGAUGGAUCUGACUCUUGCUGAACUUCAGGAAAUGGCAUCUCGCCAGCAGCAACAGAUUGAAGCCCAGCAACAAUUGCUGGCAACUAAGGAACAGCGCUUAAAGUUUUUGAAACAACAAGAUCAGCGACAACAGCAACAAGUUGCUGAGCAGGAGAAGCUUAAAAGGCUAAAAGAAAUAGCUGAGAAUCAGGAAGCUAAGCUAAAAAAAGUGAGAGCACUUAAAGGCCACGUGGAACAGAAGAGACUAAGCAAUGGGAAACUUGUGGAGGAAAUUGAACAGAUGAAUAAUUUGUUCCAGCAAAAACAGAGGGAGCUCGUCCUGGCUGUGUCAAAAGUAGAAGAACUGACCAGGCAGCUAGAGAUGCUCAAGAACGGCAGGAUCGACGGCCACCAUGACAAUCAGUCUGCAGUGGCUGAGCUUGAUCGCCUCUAUAAAGAGCUGCAGCUAAGAAACAAAUUGAAUCAAGAGCAGAAUGCCAAGCUACAACAACAGAGGGAGUGUUUGAAUAAGCGUAAUUCAGAAGUGGCAGUCAUGGAUAAGCGUGUUAAUGAGCUGAGGGACCGGCUGUGGAAGAAGAAGGCAGCUCUACAGCAAAAAGAAAAUCUACCAGUUUCAUCUGAUGGAAAUCUUCCCCAGCAAGCCGCGUCAGCCCCAAGCCGUGUGGCUGCAGUGGGUCCCUAUAUCCAGUCGUCUACUAUGCCUCGGAUGCCCUCAAGGCCUGAAUUGCUGGUGAAGCCAGCCCUGCCGGAUGGUUCCUUGGUCAUGCAGGCUUCAGAGGGGCCGAUGAAAAUACAGACACUGCCCAACAUGAGAUCUGGGGCUGCUUCACAAACUAAAGGCUCUAAAAUCCAUCCAAUUGGCCCUGAUUGGAGUCCUUCAAAUGCAGAUCUUUUCCCGAGCCAAGGCUCUGCUUCUGCACCUCAAAGCACUGGGAAUGCUCUGGAUCAAGUUGAUGAUGGAGAGGUUCCGCUGAGGGAGAAAGAGAAGAAAGUGCGUCCGUUCUCAAUGUUUGACGCAGUAGACCAGUCCACUGCCCCACCUUCCUUUGGUACUCUGAGGAAGAACCAGAGCAGUGAAGAUAUCUUGCGGGAUGCUCAGGCUGCAAAUAAAAAUGUGGCUAAAGUACCACCUCCUGUUCCUACAAAACCAAAACAGAUUAAUUUGCCUUAUUUUGGACAAACUAAUCAGCCACCUUCAGACAUUAAGCCAGACGGAAGUUCUCAGCAGUUGUCAACAGUUGUUCCGUCCAUGGGAACUAAACCAAAACCAGCAGGGCAGCAGCCAAGAGUGCUGCUGUCUCCCAGCGUACCUUCAGUUGGCCAAGACCAGACCCUUUCUCCAGGUUCUAAGCAAGAAAGUCCACCUGCUGCUGCCGUCCGGCCCUUUACUCCCCAGCCUUCCAAAGACACCUUACUUCCACCCUUCAGAAAACCCCAGACAGUGGCAGCAAGUUCAAUAUAUUCUAUGUAUACACAACAGCAGGCUCCAGGAAAAAACUUCCAGCAGGCUGUGCAGAGCGCGUUGACCAAGACUCAUACCAGAGGGCCACACUUUUCAAGUGUAUAUGGUAAGCCUGUAAUUGCUGCUGCCCAGAAUCAACAGCAGCACCCAGAGAACAUUUAUUCCAAUAGCCAGGGCAAGCCUGGCAGUCCAGAACCUGAAACAGAGCCUGUUUCUUCAGUUCAGGAGAAUCAUGAAAACGAAAGAAUUCCUCGGCCACUCAGCCCAACUAAAUUACUGCCUUUCUUAUCUAAUCCUUACCGAAACCAGAGUGAUGCUGACCUAGAAGCCCUACGAAAGAAACUGUCUAAUGCACCAAGGCCACUAAAGAAACGUAGUUCUAUUACAGAGCCAGAGGGUCCUAAUGGGCCAAAUAUUCAGAAGCUUUUGUAUCAGAGGACCACCAUAGCCGCCAUGGAGACCAUCUCUGUACCAUCAUACCCAUCCAAGUCAGCUUCUGUGACUGCCAGUUCAGAAAGCCCAGUAGAAAUCCAGAAUCCAUAUUUACACGUGGAGCCUGAGAAGGAGGUGGUCUCUCUGGUUCCUGAAUCAUUGUCCCCAGAGGAUGUGGGGAGUGCCAGUACAGAGAACAGUGACAUGCCAGCUCCUUCUCCAGGCCUUGAUUAUGAGCCUGAGGGAGUCGCAGACAACAUCCCAAAUCUCCAGAAUAACCCGGAAGAACCAAAUCCAGAGGCUCCCCAUCUGCUUGAUGUGUACCUGGAGGAGUACCCUCCAUACCCACCCCCACCAUACCCAUCUGGGGAGCCUGAAGGGCCCGGAGAAGACUCGGUGAGCAUGCGCCCGCCUGAAAUCACCGGGCAGGUCUCUCUGCCUCCCGGUAAAAGGACAAACUUGCGUAAAACUGGCUCAGAGCGUAUUGCUCAUGGAAUGAGGGUGAAAUUCAACCCCCUUGCUUUACUGCUAGAUUCGUCUUUGGAGGGAGAAUUUGACCUUGUACAGAGAAUUAUUUAUGAGGUUGAUGACCCAAGCCUGCCCAAUGAUGAAGGCAUCACGGCUCUUCACAAUGCUGUGUGUGCAGGCCACACAGAAAUCGUUAAGUUCCUGGUACAGUUUGGUGUAAAUGUAAAUGCUGCUGAUAGUGAUGGAUGGACUCCAUUACAUUGUGCUGCCUCAUGUAACAACGUCCAAGUGUGUAAGUUUUUGGUGGAGUCGGGAGCCGCUGUGUUUGCCAUGACCUACAGUGACAUGCAGACUGCUGCAGAUAAGUGCGAGGAAAUGGAGGAAGGCUACACUCAGUGCUCCCAAUUUCUUUAUGGAGUUCAGGAGAAGAUGGGCAUAAUGAAUAAAGGAGUCAUUUAUGCACUUUGGGAUUAUGAACCUCAGAAUGAUGAUGAGCUGCCCAUGAAAGAAGGAGACUGCAUGACAAUCAUCCACAGGGAAGACGAAGAUGAAAUCGAAUGGUGGUGGGCGCGCCUUAAUGAUAAGGAGGGAUAUGUUCCACGCAACUUGCUGGGACUGUACCCAAGAAUUAAACCAAGACAAAGGAGCUUGGCCUGAAACUUCACACAGAAUUUUAGUCAAUGAAGAAUUAAUCUCUGUUAAGCAGAAGUAAUACGAUUAUUUUUGGCAAAAAUUUCACAAGACUUAUUUUAAUGACAAUGUAGCUUGAAAGCGAUGAAGAAUGUCUCUAGAAGAAAAUGAAGGAUUGAAGAAUUCACCAUUAGAGGACAUUUAGCAUGAUGAAAUAAAGCAUCUACGUCAGCAGGCCAUACCGUGUUGGGGCAGAGUUGUCCCGUGUAGCGCUCAGAGAAGUACACAGUGACAAUCCUGUUUUCUACAAGAAUCCUGUCUAGUAAAUAGGACCAUUUAUUGGGCAGUUGGGAAAUCAGCUCUCUGUCCUGUUUAGUGAGUGUUUUCAGCAGCUGCUCCUAAACCAAUCCUCCUGCCAGAAAGGACCAGUGCCAUCACAUCGCUGUCUCUGAUUGUCCCCGGCACCAGCAGGCCCUUGGGGGGCUCACCUGAAGGCUCAAAGGCACUGCACACUUGUAUAUUGUCAGUGAAGAACUGUUAGUUGGUCGUCAGUGAACAAUAACUUUAUUAUAUGAGUUCUUGUAGCAUCUUAAGAAUUAUACAUAUGUUUGAAAUAUUGAAACUAAGCUACAGUACCAGUAAUUAGAUGUAGAAUCUUGUUGGUAGGCUGAAUUUUAAUCUGUAUUUAUUGUCUUUUGUAUCUCAGAAAUUAGAAACUUGCUACAGACUUACCCGUAAUAUUUGUCAAGAUCAUAGCUGACUUUAAAAUCAGUUGUAAUAAACUUUUUGAUGCUAAGCUGUUUA